CCACCUCACUCAUCUCACUCACUCAUUCCUCCAGCAAGCUUCAUCUCCACCUUCGGCUGCGAUCUUUUUGUAGAUCGUUCGAGAUGACGGUGGCGGUGUGCCAUGUCAUGCCGGCGCUGGACGUCCCUCCUCCUCACACUCGCACUCGCAUGCCGGCGCUGGACGUCCCUCCUCCUCACACUCGCACUCGCAUGCCGGUGCCGAUGCCACCGUCGCAGCAGCUGGACAUGUGGAGCGCCAUCCAGGCCCCGGCCGACGACGACUGCGCCACCAAGGCCCCGCCCACGCCGGCCAAGGCCAAGGCGACCUACCCGAUGGCGACGGUGCGGCGGUCCAUGAGCCACGAGAGCCUCGGCCUCUGCACCGAGAGCCUCGGCUGCGAGACCGGCACCCGCGGCGACUUUCUCGACCUGGCAUCCCUCCUCUACGCGCCGCCGACUUCCCACCAUACCGACGAUACCGUCGCCGCCGACUUCGUCUCGCCGCCGGCAUUGCAAGAAGGCGAAGAGGAGGAGGAGGAGCUGACGCUGAAGGCGGUGCAGUACCACCGCGCGCGGCCUCAGCGCGCGUUCCCGCCGCCGCUGCCGUCCAUGUCGCGUCGGCGCGGCGACGAUGCCGGGCCGUGCCUGCGGGUGCGCCCGCACCGCCGCGACGGGCGCCUCGUGCUGGAGGCCGUGGCCGUGAAGCCCCAGGUGUAUCUCCACGCCCAGCGCCAGGACGGCCGCCUCAAGCUCUGCUUCGUGGACUGCUCCUCUGCCUCGGACUCUGUUGGCGAACAUGAGAAGCAGAGCAUGGUGCAACCACAGCAUGAACACCAGGAGCAGAGCAUGGUGCAAGAGCCACGUCAUGACGAGGAGGACGAAGAGGAAGAGGAGGAGGAGGACGAGGUGGAGGUGGUGGACAGGGGCACGGUGGUGGAGGUGGUGGCGGCGUCCGGCAAGGCGCAGCGGUGCUCCAGGAUCGUCAUCAACAAGUUCGUGGGCGGUGCGCCAGCCGCUAGCAGCGACGACACGUCCCCGUCGCGCUGCUUUGGAGGUGGUGCCGAGGACGAGGCCGCUCCGCCAGUGACGCCGGGGAUGCGCCGGGUGCCGUCGUCCACAACGGCGCUGGCGGCCGCGGUGGCCGCGGCGUCCACGGGCAUGCAGUCCGACGAGGAGGACGAGGACGAGGUCGACGAGGAGGAGAAGGAGAGCGCGGCGCUGCUGUUCACGUCGCGGGUGGGGGACAGGGAGGAGCUGGUGCAGAGCGUGCGGCGGUGCCGGCAGCUCCGCCAGAGGCCGCUCUUCAUCGUGGAGCCAUACUCCAUCAUCGCCACCUGAUCAUUGAUCCAAAUAAGAGGAUUAUCAUACGUACCAUUGCUAGUAAUUAAUCAACUGAUCAACAACUAAGAUUUUCAGUCAUCGUGCCUAGUUGUUGCUAAGAUCGUCCAUCGAUCGAUUGAUCAGUUUGUAAUGUACCUUGUUCUUGUCCAAUCAAAUUGGGUAUCAAUC